AUCCAUAUUUACAAACAAAUCAUAACACAAAAACAUUGAUUGCAAUUAUUCCGAGGGAAAUCGUAGCAGCCAUCAAUUGGGCUUAUGUAACAUUAAGUAAUCAGACGUAAUGGAACCGAGGAGCGAUGCAAAGGAAUUGGACAUCUACAGAGACUCCCCGCUGCGUUAUUGUGGAUACGCAAACGAAGUUGGUGAAUCAUUUCGACCCAUCGUACCGAAAUUGUUUGUUCAUUUGAGCUAUGCCGUGGCUGUUAUGUACGUGUUAGCGGAAUGUGGCGAUAAAAGUCGCAAAAUAUACAAAAAACCCGAAAUUCUCGGUGGUGGCAUGAAGCCUGCAGCAAAAAUGGCUGGUGAUGUUUUUCUAUGGCAAAUGCUUGCAUCGGUUGCCAUACCUGGCUUUAUUAUAAACCGAAUAACGUACGGAUGUGGAAAACUGAUAAAAAUGUCCAAACUGAAAGGCAUACCGAGGAAAUGGGGUGCGACCAUCGUUGGACUAUCAUCCAUACCGUUGAUAAUUCGGCCGAUCGAUCAUGGAGUUGAUAUUUUAAUGGACAAAACUUACCGAAAGUAUGUUGUGUAGUAGUGCGUAACCGUGCAAGCGCCUAGUAUUAUCCUAUUGCCGUGAUGUGAAGUAAUGUAUCGGUGUUCGGACAAUAGACUCAUAUGUGAUUUGAUGUCUCUGUUAGCUCAAUUAGCUCAAUUUUUAAAUAAAUUCCAAGUCUGCGUUUCUCCGACUCAA